AUGUUCUGUAUGACAAGGGACUAUAACAAUCAUGUUCCUGGAGACAGAUCAGAGAUUAGAACUUUGCCCUUGCCUUUUGAAGCUAUUAAGUUGAUUGAAAAUCAACUGAGAAGUGGAAGCAGCUGUAGAACUAGGGGUGUUGGUGUUAGAAAGCCAAACUAUGAAGAGAUAUACAAUAGAAUGAAGAAGAUGACAAAUUUAUUGUAUAUGUUCAACUCUGAUGAGAAGGCAUCUAUUGCUAUCUGGAUGAAUGAGAAAUUGCCAGAAAGAAAUUAUUGCAUUUUUACCGAGACCUUUGUGUUAACAACAUUGAAAGCAAUCUUUUUGCCUUUGGCUUUCAAUUGCCUGCCCAAUAUUCCCAAAGUUAAUGCAAUUACAUCUGCAUUUCCUCACGUUGCAAUUCACUAUUGUGAAUUCUAUAUUCUUUGUGCUUGGCAAACAAACCUCGACAACAAAGUAAGACUUGAUGCGUCAUUUACAUCAGCCCAGCUGGCAGCAUACAAGCAGGAGUUAAAGAACAAGCUGAAGUAUAUCUUGAUAGAGUCGAAUGAAGAAAUGGGGCCGGUAGAAAACGAACUUGCAAGAAAUGAAUUUGCUGCAUCUCAGAUAGAAGAUGACAUACUCCCUACUAUGAUCAUCAGUCCAUUAAAUGUGAUUAGUACUAGUAUGGAUGACUCUGAUGAUGCCAAUCACUUGGCAAUGCAAAGACCAGCAGUGUUAGCUGAAGAAGAAGAAGUUGUGAUUGUUGACAAAGAAGAUGGUAGAGAAGAUGUUGUAGGUGCUCAAAAUGAUGUUGAUAUAUCUAUUACAGACCUUAUCACUCACACCACCUUACUUCAUCAUCAAAGACUCGAUCUUGAACACAUGCAAACUAUUUCUGACAUUGAUAUGUCUGAGAUAAAUGAUAUGACUCGUUGUCCUCAAAUGAACAAUGGAAACAAUACUACCAUCAAUGAUCCAAGUCUUCAGCAUAUGAUGGACAACACAGUGGCAAUGUACAGUAGCAACCAAUUGGUAUUAGCUCAAAAUCUGGACCAGUGCCCUACAAAUAUGACAAAAACAUAUCUUGUAAAGCAAGAAGAAUGGAGAUGUUUUUAUACAUCUCAAACAGCAAUGGUGUUUCAAGAAAGAAUUUGGAGAUGGUGA